AUGGAAGACGGAUAUAAUCCCGAGGUUGAGGCUCUGCGCCAAACAGAGUAUCCUCAUAUGAAUAACGGGAUCUAUCUUGACCAUAGCGGUGCUACAAUAUAUGCAAAGUCUACCGUUGAACAGUUUACCCAGAAGAUGAUAUCGAAUCUCUAUGGUAACCCGCACUCGGAAAACCUUCCUGCACAGUGCUCUGGCACCGUCGUUGACGAGGUCCGUGCCAAGACGCUGCGGUUUCUCGGUGCGGACCCCAAGCACUUUGACCUCGUCUUCGUGGCCAAUGCAACGGCGGCCAUCAAGCUCGUCGCCGAGUCAUUCCGGGACCUGGCCGAGAAGUCGCGCGAUGGCCGCUUCUGGUAUGGAUAUCACAAGGACUCGCACACCAGUCUGGUCGGUGUGAGGGAGUACACGCACGGCCGACACCAUUUCUUUGAAAGCGACGGAGAAGUAGAGGAGUGGCUGCGGUCGCCUCCGCCAUCAUCGUCCAGGUUUGCGGUCCGUCGUGAAGCUGAUCGGCGCCUGGGGCUCUUUGCCUAUCCUGGGCAGUCCAACAUGUCUGGAAAGAGACUGCCAGUGUCAUGGGCCGGUAGUAUUCGGCGCGCGAGACAUUUGAAAAAUACAUACACAUUGUUUGAUGCCGCAGCCUUGGCCAUGACGAGCCCGAUGGAAUACGUAUUCCGAGACCCAGACAACGCGCCAGAUUUCACUUGUCUCUCCCUCUACAAAAUAUUCGGAUUUCCAGAUAUUGGCGCACUUGUCAUACGAAGAGGAUCAGGUCAUAUUCUAGCCCUGAGGAAAUACUUUGGUGGAGGCAACACGAUGCUGGGACAGAGCUGGCAUAAAUCCAAAGGCCUCGAUGCCUCGGCGUAUAAGCUGCACGAAGGACUGGAAGACGGCACCUUGCCUUUCCACAGCAUCCUGGCGCUCGGCGAGGCCAUAGACGUCCACGAGAGGCUCUUUCACUCCAUGGCCAAGAUUUCUCUCCACACGACAUGUCUCGCACAUUAUCUCUUUGAUGCAUUAUCGCGUCUGCAGCAUUGGAACGGCGUCCCGGUAUGUCGGAUCUACAGCGACGAUGUCAGCGCCUUUGGGGAUCCUAGCAGGCAAGGCUCCGUCAUUGCCUUCAACGUGGUCGACGCCGACGAGGAGUAUAUACCCUACAGCGACGUCGAGGCUCGAGCCAACAAUGCUGGUAUUUAUAUCAGGUCUGGGGGAGUGUGCAAUCCCGGGGGCAUCUUCGCCGCCCUGGGCUACGAGCCUUGGAUGACGGAGCGGGCUCUAUCUGCCGGGCACCACUGCGGCUCGCAAGGCAUUGACAUAAUCAACAGGUUACCGACUGGCAUUGUUCGAGUCAGCCUUGGAGCCAUGAGCACGAGACAAGAUGUAGACACGUUUCUGGACUUCAUGCAAAAGACAUUUGUCGAACAGGAGAGCGAGAACGGACUUUGGGCAGAUUCGCCCCGGAGUACCGUAUGCUCUGCCAUGUGCUCAUCGGUCCACGCUGUUGUUGCUGCUGCUGCUGAGGGUGCCGCAGUAGACAAGGACCUGACUGGCAACGCUGGGUACUCAACCAUGCACCACAAGAGCUUUCCCGACGUCCGCGAACUACCUCGGCCUCGUCCCUUGUUCUGGACCACACCUCUUCCAGUCUCUUAG